AUGUAUGGUGUUGGACCAAAUGAUUCACACACUACUUUUGGAAUCUGGAGGUUACACGUGGUAAGGUACUGCACGUAUAAGAGAGCUGAAUGACUAAGGAAACGCUUAUACCUGGAAGCAAUAAUAAAAUUACAGACAACCGAAUGUCCAUGAAUGUUUUGAGGGUUGUUACUCAUUCUAGAAUACUAUAAAUUCUCAAAUCAAAUCUGCUCCAGCUCAGACUUAUCCUACAACCAACAUCUACUUUCUACCUUUCUGUUCUGUCUUAACAAACUUUACAUCCUCGAACAAGACUUGUUCCUCUCGAAGUAAGCUUUGGAGAGCUUCUUGAACUUUUAGUGCGGUUUGGCAACAGUGGCAACAUCCAAAAUUUCGCAGGAGAAUGACGAGCUGGUCCCGCUUUACCACGCUCAGAGACUUACCACCUCUGAACAAAGCAUAGAGUAAGCAUGAAGCCUUACUAUAUAACCUGAGAUUAUACACUCAUUCCCACAGCAUAAUUAUUGUACCUGGAACUUUGCCUGACUGUCAACCCGACGAAUACGAAACCAAAUAUUCAUGGAUUAAGUCCCUCAUCGCUUCGACAGAAGUUGAUACAAGAGUAUUUCUGUUCUAUUGUCACGUAGCAACAGGUAGCCGCGAGCUUGGGGACCAACUCAACUCUCAAAGUGAAUACUUGAGAACGGCACUUCAUAACAUUUGCGUGGGAUCCGAGGUGAGAACACUCUAAAGCACGAGUGACAAUGAUCAAAUAAGAAGGUAACGGCCUAACUUUAUCACAGAGCCAGAGAAGACGACUGGUUUUCAUUUGCCAUGGCGAUGGAGGUUUGAUUGUAAAAAAGGUAUGCCACAGAUUUCAUUCCUGAAGCCAAUUCAAUACUAAUAAUCACUUAGAUGUUAACGUUGGACUUCAAAUUGGACCGAAACCAUGAAGAAGUGACAUCUGGGCUCAUCUUUCUGGAAACACCUCAUGCGACUAGGUAAAACGAGGAAGACAAUGAAAUGUGGGACGAAGACGAGAAGAAUAUAAGAGGCAACAGACCAGAUCUCGAGAUAUUGCACCUGGAUUCCUCUGAUUGCGAGCUCGUUGCCAGAACUUGUCGGGAGUUUGAUGAACUUCAACUAUGCAUACCUAUACUCACCUUGGAGAUAGCUUGCCCUUGCCAAAGGGAAAGUGGGUAUCAGUAAGCACGAUUGGCCCAGGUUCUGAAUAGUGCUAAUGUCAGAAGUGGUCAGACAGAAACUCAGAAUUCAACAAAUUUCUUACCUUUGAACCCAUUUCUACACUUCUUGAUGUAAAAGUCGGGGGUGAGAUUUACGGAUGCAUUCAGGACUUAAUCAACACCACUUGCGUGAGAUGGGUAACCUCAAGAGCUCGGAAACUCUCAGAUCCAGCAAAAAGUCUCUUGAAUGUGUUAUCACUUCUCGAUCCUGACAGGAUACCCGAGGAGUUGCUAACCGAAGGCGCUAGGAACGUCCGCUUUUAUUCCAUCGAUAAUUACCCAGUCGAAGCCAUCAACUACUUUAAGGCUCGCGAUGAACUGGUCAACUCAACCUUAAUCUCACGGAACUCGGAAAUAAGUGAAAUCCAAAUUCGACGAUUUGUACAAAGCGCAGUGAUACAAACAAUGAAGGAGAGCUAUGACGGACUGACUCCUGCUUUUGGAGCCACAACGAGGCUGCUUUCAGAUAUAUGGCCUUAUGCCACUCGUUUGACAUGUGACCGAGUUGAAUCUGAUCCCAAGGCCGAAAAGCUCAUAGCACAUAUUCUCAGGAUUGAAGCGCUGUUCGGAGACGACAUACGGUCAGGCAAGAUUUCAGGGACCCCGGAGAACGGAUAUCUUUUCUGUGGUUACGCUCGGUGAGUUACAGCUGGUUGAAACUACUACAAGUUCUUAAUAACAAAUGGGUCUUAGGUAUGCUUCAGAGAGGGGUCUACAGAAUCAUAUAGAAGGUUUUGCUCGUCUAGCUCUAGUUAUUCUGAAUGGAGCGCUUGCAGGUCGUGGUUACUGUGAUAAGCAAAAAAACGAUCUUCUGGGUUGUCGAGGCAUACCAUCAUCUAGCUCUCGCAGCCAUUUUUACCGGAUCUUCAGAUGAAUUGCUUCAUGCCGGAACUUGGAUUAAUGUUAUGAAGUCGCGACGCGUUGAAACAUACAAACUUCCCUCGAAAGUUUCAUUGCUAGCCGGUGGGUAUCGCCAGCUCGGUAUCAAUUAUGCGCAUAAAGAUCAAAUAGGAGAGGCCAUCAAAAACUGGCAAGAGAGUAUAGAUAUCUACAGAAAGGUCAACAACACGCCCAAAUUCAGCGGAACAUGGCCAUCGAUAUCACUAGCAUAUGCGUACACGUUGCUGAAUAGUCCUGAUGAGGGCGAAAAGGUACUUAAGCCGGUUCUCUAAGAACACGAAGAAGUCCUGGGUAAGGAUGACCUGACUACUCAAGAGUAAGCUUUCUGGUCACACAAGAGUUUGUUUAUCCUUCUGACGAAAGUAGAUCUGGUCACAUCUGGCGCGCAAUGGGAAAUAUCCGUAACGCCCAAGAAAGAUUCUCAGAAGGCCUCGAGUAUCACCAGCGCUCACUCAAUAACUUGCGAUCAACACUUGGUGAAAAGCACCACUUCACUGGAGACGCAUUCUACAGCCUUGGUGUAAAUUAUUGGCAACAAAAAGACAAGAUUGAAGCUCUGUAAGCUUUUGAAUCUCUAAUUCCUGAGUGAAAUCAAGACGCUUACACAAAAUCGCAUAGGCAGAAUCUCACUGCAGCCAUCAACGCAUUCCGUUCAGGAACCCAUACAAAAGCGCAACUGGGUCGUGCGAUAUGGAAAAAGGGAUGUAUUCUCAAGACCGAGGAAAACGAUUGCCAAGCUCAAGAACUGCUCAUGGAAGCCCGGAAUCUUUAUCAUGAGCUAGUACCUGUUAAUUCUUGUGCCAUAGAGGAACUGGAGGAUGAGAACUGGACAAAGUUGCUUGUCUAUUGGUCUCGAUAA